AUGUCGGCUCCUGUGAUCCCUCCUGGCGGCACCAUCGUCCAGACCUUCAGACGGUCAUUCGUCGAUGUGCCCGUUGACGCCGAGAAGGGCAAUGCCAUCUCUACUACCGAGUUUCUCGAUGCUGCCGAGUCACUGACUACCAUGUUUGAUGUCAUGGGCUCUGUGGCCUUUUCCCCCGUCAAGUCCGACAUGCUCGGCAACGUCAAGAAACUGCGAGACCGCCAACUUGCUGCCCCCGCCGAGUCUGAGACCAUCCAGGAUCUCUGCCGAAACGAGCUCAAGACGAAGAAGCACACUGCUACCGAGGGCCUCCUCUGGCUCGUACGUGGUCUCGAAUUCACCUGCAUCGCACUCAGCUCCAACGUUGCCAAGCCCUCCGAAGAACUCUCCGACUCUUUCCGCGGUGCUUACGGCCAGACUCUCAAGCCUCACCACAGCUUCCUCGUCAAGCCUGUUUUCAGCGCUGCCAUGAGCGCCUGCCCCUACCGCAAGGACUUUUACGCCAAGCUUGGCUCGGAUGAUUCCAAGGUUCAGGGAGAUUUGCGUGUUUACUUGGCUGCAUUGGAGAAGAUUGUUGGCAUUCUGAAGGGCUUCUUGGACAGCAAGGAGGCUAAGUGGUAA